UUCCUGGAGAAGAAGCUAACUCUCAAGCUCCGUCGGAGGAAAACGAAAUCGGAAGUUGUGAUAAUCACCGGGAAUAGGAUUUGAGUAGCUUCUCAAGCAAAUUUGAUUCACCCGAACAAUGGAUGUGAUAAAGACGCAGCAAAUAUCCGCAAGGACGAUCGAGAAAGUGAUCGUUCACCCACUUGUCUUGCUUAGUAUCGUCGACCAUUACAAUCGUGUAGCCAAGGACACACGCAAGCGUGUCGUCGGCGUUUUGCUCGGAAACAGCUCCCGUGGUACCGUUGACGUCACCAACAGCUAUGCAGUGCCUUUUGAGGAAGAUGACAAAGACUCUAGCAUUUGGUUUCUUGAUCACAACUACCACGAGUCCAUGUUUCACAUGUUCAAGAGAAUUAAUGCUAAGGAGCAUGUUGUGGGUUGGUACAGCACGGGUCCUAAACUUCGAGAGAAUGAUUUGGAUGUUCACGCUUUAUUCAAUGGCUACGUACCAAAUCCAGUGUUGGUCAUUAUUGAUGUCCAACCUAAAGAACUGGGAAUCCCCACAAAAGCAUACUAUGCAGUUGAGGAGGUGAAGGAGAAUGCUACCCAGAAAAGCCAGCAGGUGUUUGUACACGUGCCAACAGAAAUUGCGGCUCACGAAGUCGAGGAAAUUGGUGUGGAACAUUUGCUCAGGGAUGUAAAAGACACAACCAUCAGUACCUUGGCAACUGAGGUCACUGCGAAACUUACUGCUCUGAAGGGAUUGGAUGCAAGACUUCGGGAGAUUCGGAGUUACCUUGACCUUGUAAUUGAAGGAAAACUCCCAUUAAACCAUGAAAUCUUAUACCAUCUUCAGGAUGUAUUCAACUUGCUUCCUAACUUGAACGUCAACGAAUUGGUUAAGGCCUUCUCAGUAAAAACAAAUGACAUGAUGCUCGUUAUCUACCUUUCUUCCCUCAUCCGUAGUGUAAUUGCCCUCCACGAUUUGAUCAACAACAAGUUAUUGAACAAGGAACAUGAAAAAGCAGAGGACUCAAAGCCUGUUGCCAUACCCGCAAUCACUGGGAGUUAAAAAUGCAGCCAAAUUUCGAGAUUUGGGAAGUUUUCUAGUCAGAUAUUACUGUGUCAUUUGCUGCAUGUGAAGAGGGUGUUCGGGGACUAAACGGGUUUGGUCUCGUUCCGAUGAUCUUCUCUACUACUGUUGUUUUUUGACAAUGGUAUAAUAUGAAUAUGUAGUUCCUGUCUCACAAGAACUUUUUUUCUUAUCAUUUGAUGUUUAUUUUUUCCUUGCAAGAUGAUAUAAGUAAGUUUUGCAUCAAUGUGCUGGAAACUCUAGUAAAAUUCUUCUCCUUUUGCGUAA